AAUGUGUUUACAGCCUUUUUCCGGUUUCUGAUUUUCGUUUCCGCUCAUGCGCAGUAACGUUCCAUCAACGACAUGGCGCUGUCGAAGUCUGUCUACAACCUUUUCUUCAGGAGGACGUCCACCUUCGCUGUAACCAUCAUGGUGGGAGCAGUCUUCUUUGAGCGGGUGUUUGACCAAGGCGGAGACGCGAUUUUUGAGCAGUUAAAUCGCGGGAAGCUGUGGAAGCACAUCAAACACAACUACGAGAACAAAGAGGAGUAGGGCCCUGGGUACCAAGAGGCUUCGGUGCUAAUGUUGUCGUGGUUCCACACUUGUUUCCAUCCUUCAUUCAUCUGAAGCUAUCAACAUGGACAAUAUGCACCAAGUCAAACCCAGGCUGGAAGCGGCUGUCAGAAGACCUGUGGUACAUGACAGAUGACACAGACCAAGAUGGAGUAAAGCCUCCAUCAUCUUGUCCUCCUUCCCUUCUGGUGUUUGUAAUGCACUCAUUGUCAUCACAGAUUGUAAAUUGUUAUAUUAAACAUGUACUGAUAUCGUA